AUGCUUCAAACAUUUCUGACCACUUUCAGAUGGGCUAAUAGCUUGUUCAAGCUGCGAGUACAAGAACGAUCUUGGAGGUGUAACAAAUGUGUCUGGAACCAAUAUGAGGAUGAGAAAGCAGGUUCUCCAGAGGAACAGUAUAUACGGACGGUCACAACUCUGGCCAAUAAAGCCCAUGUCAUUGUGACACUUAAUAGUUGUCUUGCUUCGUUUGUCUUGUCAGCGCGAUGGAUUAUGGUUGACACAACGUUCAAGGCCGUCCAUGGAACAACCAAUGAGUUCAAGGUCGUUAUUUGGGUAAAUAGCCUUGACAAGCUAAUGUCUUGUUGUCAGUCGGGUUUGGAUGAAUGUGCAUGCAAUUACUGGGAAACAACUGAAUUUCAAGAUAUUUUCGAAGCUUUCACCACUUCUUCGACGGAUAAAAAUUUACAAAAUUGGUGGGCUCAUAAAUUGAGCUACCCAUGGCUUUUGCCAUCUUUGAGUCACCACCUGUCUCUCAUGAAGCAUGCACAUUGGGACUUGGCCCCAAGCAACACAAAUCCGAUUGAGGGGAGUCAUGCAAAUGAUAAUCAGAUCAGAGGGAUGAAUCACUCCCUCCUCGAGGCUAUUUUACUUGCCAAGGCCGUGGACAGCGAAGAAGCUCGCAUAUUGCAAGCUUCACAAAGUUCUGGGAUCUUAGAAAACCCACACAACUCUCUUGAGAAGCGCUUUACAUCUCAAGCUGCACGAAAGGCCAAGGCUUGCGCGAACAAAGCUGAAUCUUCGAAGGCCGCCGCUCUUUGUGCAAAAAUCCAAGAACUUGAAAAUGAGCUGAAAGACCUGUCACCGUCGCCUCGCAAGUCACAGUUGACCACUUCUGCAAAACAGCACACUUAUGGCUCCCAGCCCCGCCGUGCAGCACUCACCCCUGUGCAAAAGUGCCUUUCCCGGCCAUAUUCACUGGAUGGCUUCCCACAACCUGACUCAGAUGACGACUUCGCAAAUCUUUCUAUUCCUAUUCGCCGCUCACUCUUUGACAUCGCUGCAGAAAACCUAAAGGCGCAUGACGACUUACCUCUAUCUGACUUUGAUUAUGAUGAGGCAAUGAGGUCUGACGUCAUGGAUGCCAUUUUCGAGGUCUUAACGAAAGAUAGUCAACCUGUUGAGGUUGAUUCCACUGGCCAUACUUUCACUUGUGACUUGGUUGAGUCAUGCGUUAUGAGCCCUAGAAAUCUUAUAAUUCCCUCAACUGUUUGGACAUUCAAGCUUUUUCCCCCACUGUUUGAGCCGGCGCUCCGGCUAGAUAAUGGACUGUAUCCGAUGUUAUGCUGUGUACACCAGAUUUUCGUUUUCGCUUCUGGUACAUACUCUCCUGGAACUGAAGUGCACCCUUUGCUUUCGCACUAUACGCCUCGUUCAGCAAAUUCCCUGCCUGCAGGGCAAUGUUUCGGUUUUCGUUGGCUCAAUGGAGAGAAGAGGAGAUGGUUGGGGGUGGGAGAUAGUAUGGGUGAUGGUGUGUUUAAAGGUUCAGUUCAGUCCGGCUUUUUGCCCCGAAAACGCGCAACCGUGGACCGUAACCGGUCCAGGACCGACCCAGAUAUUGAGGGAACCGAACCGAACCACCUAGGACCGGUCUUUUGCGGUCCAUGA